UUCCCUCGACAAGUUCCACUCGAAGCGCCUCUCUCGUUUCUUCGCAGAUACAAAAGUGAAAACAUUUCGUAAUCUCCAUUUACCAGUGCGAUAUAAAAUAUACUCGAAUCGAAUUUGAUAAGUUAUGGAGGUGAAUUUUCAUCGAUUGGAUGCGAUUUUUAAGGACGAGGGCAUAGGGAAUUUCUACGGGGACUCCGAGAUUUUCAUCACAGGAGGGACCGGCUUCGUGGGUAAGGCCCUAAUCGAGAAAUUGUUGCGGUCCUGUCCUGAUAUCCGAUGCAUUUACCUGCUGAUGAGGGCCAAGAGAGGCCGAAACGUCGACGAGAGGUUUCGGGAGUUGAUCGAAAAUCCGGUUUUCGGGCGAUUGAAGAAGGAAGAUGAGGGUGUUUUUAGGAAAAUCAGACCCAUAUGCGGCGAUAUAACACACUCGAAUUUGGGAAUAAACAAAACCGAUUUGAUUAAUAUUUUGGAAAAAGUUAAUUUCGUGUUUCAUUCCGCUGCGACAGUUAAAUUCAACGAAGACUUAAAACAAGCUCUAAUAUUCAACACAUUGGGAACCAAAAGAGUUCUGGAUUUUUGUUGCAACGUGAAAAACUUAAAGAGUUUCGUCUACGUUUCGACCGCCUUCAGUAACUCGAUUAGAGAGAACAUAGGAGAGACCGUUUAUGACACUUCAUUCAAUAUCGACAAUUUAAACAGUAUUAUCGAUGAUUUAUCGAAAGAUUCUUACGGCAUCAUGGCUAAACAAAUUUUGGGCAACCACCCCAACACUUAUACGUUCACCAAAGCCGUAGGCGAGGAAAUAGUGGAAAAAUACUCGAGAAAAAUACCUUGCGCAAUCGUAAGACCUUCCAUCAUUACAGGAAGCUGGAAAGAACCCUAUCCAGGAUGGGUGGAUAGCGUCAGCGGUAUCACAGGUAUAUUCAUGGAAUGCGGCAGAGGUACAAUAAAAUCCAUACUUUGCAAUGAAUCAUACAAAAUGGACAUCGUCCCCGUGGAUGUUGUUGUAAACACUCUGAUAUGCGCUGCCUGGCACACUGUACAGUACAAAAGCAAAACCAUGAGAAUUUACAACUGCAUCAGCGGCGAAACGAAUCCCAUAACGUGGAAGGACUUCAAACGUUUAACAUUGAAAUACUCCAAGCAGUAUCCCAGCAAAUACGUCACCUGGUAUCCGGGAUUCACCUACAGAUCGAGCAGGUUCAGGCACGUGAUCUGCGCCAGCGUUUUCCAGAUAAUCCCCUCGGUUCUUCUCGACGCCUAUCUGUUCUGCGUGGGUAAACCCCCCAUGAUGUUGAAGAUAAGCAUGAAAUUCUACGAGGCCUUGCUGGCGGGCAGUUAUUUCUCGACGAACGAAUGGACAUUCGAGGUAUCGUCGAUGAGAAGUCUGAUCAAGGCGGCCGGGGCGGCUCCUGAUGGAAGAUCCUUCGAAAUGGAUAUGGACAGGAGCAGCGGUUUCUGUUGGGAUAGUUACGUGAAGGAUUUCAAUUUGGGCGUGAGACGGUACAUUCUCAAAGAUGAUUUCGAGAGUUUGGAGAAGGCUCGAUUGAAACUGAAAAGAUUAUUAUGGUUCCAGAAAUUCAUGCAAAUAAUACCGGUGUAUCUAAUGUACAGGUUGGUGUAUUCGUUUUUAAAUAAAUGGAUGUGGCAGUUACUUUAAGCUUUAAAGCGAAGAAUCAGAAGCCAUUAUGAAAUAAAUUAGGUUUAAUUACAAUGUAUUAUACUUAUAAUAUAAAACCAAUAAAUAAAUUUAC